CAGCGGUUGUCACAACAAAGUAAAAAGUAGUGAAAGUAAAGCAUAAAAUUUCUUUUAGGAUGAAACCACAGCAUAUUAUUCGUUUUCUGAAUGAAAAAGAUUUCAGUUAAUUCUUGUAUAAUUAGAUAAGUACGUACGUAAAAUACUUAUGAAUUAGACAACAUGAUCGUGAAAGAUCCUUGUGGGAUAGUGUGUGUAUUAAUUACAUACUUGGCAAUAUUUUAUGCCGAUUAUGUCAUAAUAAAAUGGGUUGUUUUACAAACCAUGGUGGAUAGUUUAUGGGGUACCUUUAAUGUGGUUAUGUUCAAUACAGUAAUAUUCCUCCUUAUGAUUGCCCAUAUAAAAGCAGUGCUGACUGAUCCUGGAACUAUUCCCCUUCCACAAAGUAGAGUCGAUUUUUCCGACAUACACUCCUCCGAUUCUGGUUGUGAUUUUGUAAACUGGACAGUUUGUGCGAGGUGCGAAACGUACCGACCACCAAGAGCGCAUCACUGUCGAAUAUGCCAAAGAUGCAUAAGAAGGAUGGACCACCAUUGCCCCUGGAUUAACAACUGCGUAGGGGAGAGAAAUCAGAAAUAUUUUAUACAGUUUUUAGUAUAUGUUGGAGCGCUAUCAGCGUAUGCAAUAACUUUGGUGGUGAUAUCGUGGAUGACAGAGUGUAAAGACUGCGUACAAGAUAUUUUACUGAAACAGGCCAGAAUAAUGCAUUGCGUUAUACUUCUCCUAGAAAGUGCAUUGUUUGGAAUGUUUGUCGCUGCGAUAUUAAUCGAUCAACUUCAGGCCAUCCUAACGGACGAAACUGCCGUGGAGCAGGUUAAGCAACAGGGCCCUUUCAGACCAAACAGGGCCAAGAUGGCCUUACUCAGCGAAGUGUGUGGGAGAGAACAUCCCAUCUUAUGGUUGCUUCCUUGUUCCUCUGUGCCAAGAAAAUUUGAUACUCCUCUCAUCGAUCACCAAGUUUAAGUUUUUUUUUUUUUUACAUCGCAGUAAUUUUAGUUGUAAGGUCUAAGACAUAAAUUUCAACAUUUUUAAGUAAGCAGAACGUUUUUAACGCUUUAGGAAAUUUCUUACGUUGUUUUCUGCUUAAACUGAUAUUUUAUGGAAGGAAAAUGUACAAAGCAUAUUGAUAUUUUCGAGGUGUUACUAUUAUUAUAUAUUUGGCUGUUAACGAAAUAUUUAUAAUGGUUGAAUUUA